CUGUAUAAUGGCAAUAAAGAGAAAAUGGAAACCGGUACAUAAACCUACCAGUUAACCGCAGCCCAGUUCAAAAUACCGAGGAUUUUGAGAAAACAGCGGUGGCAUUCGACGUGGGGAUUUGAACCCUCUUCCGAAAGAAAUGCUGAGCGGAAUAAGACCCCUGUGCGGCAGUGCAAAGAUGGAGUUGAGGGGAGUCUGUUGUGUGUUGUUGACCUGUCUAUUCUACACGUCCUCCGCUGACAAAGAUUUCUUCACUUCCAUUGGUCAGAUGACCGAUCUGCUGUACACAGAGAAGGACCUGGUCACCUCUCUGAAGGAUUACAUCAGAGCUGAGGAGGACAAACUAGAGCAGGUCAAAAAGUGGGCUGAGAAGCUGGAUGUGUUGUCGGCCACAGCCACUCAGGACCCAGAAGGCUUCCUGGGCCACCCGGUCAACGCCUUCAAGCUGAUGAAGAGGCUCAACACAGAGUGGGGAGAGCUGGAGAGCCUGGUCCUCAAGGACAUGUCUGAUGGGUUCAUCUCUAACCUGACCAUCCAGAGACAGUACUUCCCCAAUGAUGACGACCAGACGGGGGCAGCCAAGGCCCUGAUGAGGCUUCAGGACACCUACCGGCUGGACACACACACCAUCUCCUCAGGGGAGCUUCCUGGAACCAAUAAGGAUGUCGCUAUGAGCCCUAUGACAGUGGAGGACUGCUUUGAGCUGGGGAAGAUCGCCUACUCUGAUGCCGACUACUACCACACAGAGCUGUGGAUGGAGCAGGCCCUGAAACAGCUGGAUGGGGGAGAGGAGUCCAGCGUGGACAUGGUAACCAUCCUAGACUACCUCAGCUACUCCAUCUACCAGCAGGGGGAGCUAGAGAGAGCCUUGGACUACACCAAGAGACUACUCAAAUUGGACUCUGCCCACCAGCGAGCCAACGGAAACCUGAAGUACUUUGAGUACCAGCUGGCCAAGCAGAACAAGGUGGAGGCGGAGGAGGGCCAGAAGGAGAAGGAGAAGAGAGAGCGGGAGAAGAGAGAGGCAUCUGACAAGAAGGGCAGACCUGCAGACUACCUGCCUGAGAGGAGGAAAUAUGAACAGCUGUGUCGCGGCGAAGGCAUCAAGAUGACCCCGCGUCGCCAGAGUCGUAUGUUCUGUCGUUACUCUGACAACAACCGCCACCCCCUGUACGUGCUGGGUCCCGUCAAGCAGGAGGACGAGUGGGACCGCCCACGCAUCAUCCGUUACCACGACAUCCUCUCCAACAGCGAGAUCGAGAAGGUCAAAGAGCUUGCCAAACCCAGGCUGCGCCGGGCCACCAUCUCCAACCCCAUUACUGGUGUACUGGAGACCGCCCACUAUCGCAUCAGCAAGAGUGCAUGGCUAACCGCCUACGAAGAUCCAGUAGUGGACAAGAUAAACCAGCGCAUUGAGGAUAUCACCGGCUUGAAUGUCAAGACUGCAGAGGAGCUACAGGUGGCAAAUUACGGCGUGGGCGGGCAAUACGAGCCCCACUUUGACUUUGGACGGAAAGAUGAACCGGAUGCAUUUAAGGAGCUGGGCACCGGRAACCGUAUCGCCACCUGGCUCAUUUACAUGAGUGACGUGCCUUCAGGGGGAGCCACUGUCUUUACUGAUGUGGGAGCUGCAGUGUGGCCCAAAAAGGGAAGUGCAGUGUUCUGGUAUAACCUGUUUGCCAGUGGAGAGGGUGACUACAGCACGCGGCACGCGGCCUGCCCAGUCCUAGUGGGCAACAAGUGGGUGUCUAACAAGUGGAUGCACGAGCGAGGCCAGGAGUUCAGAAGACGUUGCACUCUGAACGAGUCAGAAUGAUCAAACGGAAUACGCUUUUCUCCUCUCAUCCCUCUUCCUGGACCCUCCUGACUCUUGGCUCUGUGGGCUGUGAAGUGCCCUCUGACCUCUCGUCCUGCUCUCCAAAACUCAGUGUUCACUGAGGCUCUGGCUGCUCAUGUGAUGUCACAUUUGUUUGUAGUUGAAGUGUGUGUGAGUGGUUCACCAGUGGGUCCGAAGCGCUUCGCUCCCAGUCUGUGCCUUCCGUCAUGGGUUUUGCACACUCCGACUGCACAGCUGUCUUAACCUGAGGAACUUUUUUUUAUUUCAUUCUCACCCUUAACAGGGACUUUGAUACAAGAUACUAAGUUAAUUAGAGCAAGCAACACAGCUGCUUCUCCCUUUCAACUUCCUACACAUUACAUGUUUUGGUGUGCACUACUCUUUUCCUCUACCUGAAACACUCCUUUUAACCAUCACUCCAAUCCCUUCCUCCACUCCUUUUAACCAUCACUCCAAUCCCUUCCUCCACUCCUUUUAACCAUCACUCCAAUCCCUUCCUCCACUCCUUUUAACCAUCACUCCAAUCCCUUCCUCCCCCACUGCUUCCCAGCACACAGAUGACCGAGACCAGUUAUAAAUGCACUGUCACUGUCCCCCUCAUCAACAGGUCAGAAUCAGAUGACCCCACAUAUCAGACCUUCAACUUCAAUGGGGGGACAACCCAAUGAUCCUGUAAUCAGGGGUUGAUGUUGGCCAGAGCCACAAAAAUGGAUGUUCUAACAGGUGUCGGGUUGGACUGGGGCUAGAUAGAGGGCUCAUGGGAAGGAUGGAGGUUUAUUGGUUGGUUGCACUAUGACAAUCAGGGUUAGUUAUUAGGAUGAUACUAUAUGCAGGCCAGGCUUCUAAAUUAUGACCGUUGUAGUUGUUUAUGCGUCUUAAAAUGUGGCAGUACUACCUGAGGUAUUCGAUARGAAAGCAUCAAUGUGAGGGCAAAGACUUGUUCUAAUGUUACCAUCAAAAAACAUUAACAUGCUUAGAGUUUUACACAGUACAGUAUGCACAGGGUCUGGGCUAUUAUCACACUUGGGGCAGGUCUCAGAACAGUGACUAUCUAAUACAGUGUUUGAUCCCUAUUGCGGAAGGCAAUGUUUGCAUUCAUGGUAAAUGCUGCAUAUAUCUACAAUGCCAUGUCUGGCACGGGGCAAUAGCCCUGAGGUCAUUCACUCCAGGGCAAACAUUACUGCUGCACAGAUAAACACUGACAUUCAAAGCCACUGUGUCUGAGUCCCUCUGUUCCUCCCGUCUCUCCAACUCCUCUUUCUGCCUUGGUGAAAUACAGCAGUCUGUAAGUGCUGACUCAUCCGUUUUGUUACAGAAGCAAAGCUCCUACCUGAUCAUUCAUUGGUCUGAUAAUCAAAGGAUUUWAUCUCUGAAUGAAAGAUGGUGCUAAGAAUCAAUAGGAUUAUUAAUCCCAUGCAUCACUCCACAGUUUAAGCCUAUGCUGACCCUGGGAAAUCUGUUAGAGAAUGUGGCUAUAUACACUCCAAAGCAGAAGAGGCUGGUGGGAGGCGAUAGGAUGGCUCAUUACGAUGUCUGGAAUGGAAACAACGUGAGCCUAUCCUCCCACCAGCCUCCUCUGCUYCAAGGUGCRGUCCUUAUUUUAUUUGAAAUGUAAUAAUGGGAUGUGUGGCCAGAUAUUGUACAUGUGAGAUUUAAUGUUUUCUAAAUAAAUAAGUGUUCACUGAAGACUACAGUG